GGUUUGGAGUCUGGGAUAGUAUGUGCUAAGAUAUGUCUGUAUGUUACGAAAGUUAAGCGGCCAGGCUGGAUCCGAUCCACUAUGCACUACCAAAUCUUUGUUACCCGCUUCAUGUUUUACCACCGCAUCCCUCGAGACAAUUCGCGCUCAAAGAUCGUCACGCUAUGUUGAACUGUCGACUCACCUUUAAAUCCAUCAAGUAAUUGUUUGUUUAGGUCGAGACCAUACGGUUUUGAGUUUUGACCUUAUGCUUACUGUCAUUCGCACGAGUCAGCUGUUGAGAGCAUCAGUACUACUACACCCUCACGUCCAUUUCACCACCACAGCCCAUCGCACUAUGGGAAAGAACAACAAAAAAAAGUCCAACACCACCCCUGCUGAGACCUACCUCCGCCUUCCCCCGCUCGCAGAUGCCUCCCUUGCUGCCCAGCCCAUCAUCGACACGCACACUCACCUCGUGUCAACGUUCUCAACUUACCGGAGCAAGUACAAGGACGGGACGCUUUACACUAUCCAUGACUUUGUGCGCGAGAUGUAUCGCGAUCGCAACGUGAGGGCGAUCGUAGACGUGUGGUGUGAGGCACCUGUAUUGAUGACGUGGAGGGAGCUUGCGGACUCGGCACUGACUGCAGAGGAUCGGGAACAGAAGUGGGGAGGCGUAGACUAUUGGUUUGUGAUGGGCGUCCACCCACAUAAUGCAAAGGAGUACGACGAUUCAGUUGAGGCUUCCAUCCUCGAAGCGAUGGCCCACCCACGAUGCGUAGGCUGGGGAGAGAUGGGUCUUGAUUACCACUACGACAACUCCCCACGCGCAAUCCAGCAAGAAGUCUUCAUCCGACAGUUGAAGCAUGCCGUCAGGCUGGGCAAGCCGCUCACGAUCCACACGCGCGAAGCGGAGGCGGACACAGAGAGGAUUCUCAUGGAGCACGUCCCUGCCGAUCACAAGAUACAUAUACAUUGCUUCACAGACUCCCCAGAAUUCGCACAGCGACUGCUUCAGCAUUUCUGUAAUUUGUACAUCGGGAUCACUGGGGUCAUCACAUAUUCGACGAACCUGAACACAUCGAAUAUCGUCAGUCAGAUGGCCGCGAGCGAUGGUGGACCACGUAUACUACUGGAAACGGAUGCGCCAUACAUGGUCCCCUCUAACCUCUACAACUCUAUACCGGAAAUCAAAGGCAGCAGGUUGCCCUUGUGUCACACUGCCAUGAUCCCGUGGGUUGCAGAAUACACCGCAGGAAAAGCUGGACAACCUUGGAAUGGCGCAGAUAUCAUGAAGCGCGCAAAUGAGAAUGCACAAACAGUAUACGGCGUCCAAUAGAACCAUUGUAAAUCUUGACUAGAGCCCAUCAGCCGUGGGGCACCGCUAAUGGUAUACAUUGAACGUGAGGGUAACAAAUAGCUUGUAAAAUACAGAUAACGGCAUAGCAAUGUCGAGCAGCAAGCAGUUUAGUAGCGGUAUAAAUACUACUGAUCUUGAACUUAUCCCAGUAUAGUUGUGGUCAUCCCAGGUAAUAGCAAUGUUGAUAGGCAAGCGCGCACGGUGAAGCAGAUUAUACUUUCUGGUCGAUAGAUUGUUGGGAUUUUGUUUCCCCGUGGUCGAGCGCACGUUCAAUGAACGCUUCGCGGGACUCUGCGCUGACUGAGCCGAAAAUGAUAUCCAUCUCCUCUAGACUACGACCCUUGGUCUCGGGAAGGAGCCUGUUGGGCAUAGUGUAAGCAUCGAU